CUAUCAUCUAUCUAUAUCUAUCAUCUAUCUAUCUAUCUAUCAAUCUAUAUAUAUAAAAUCAUUGGGAGAGUUAACGAACAUCUUCUGAGGCCUAUGAAUUUCUAUGAAUAAAACUUAGAAAUCUUGGUUUUAUGUGUAACUGCUGAUGUAGCAGUUACUAUUAUUAUGAAUUAAAAUCGUUACAGCUACUCACUGCAAGAGACUGUUAGAUUUGUUGCCUUUUAGUGAGGGGGUUCUGUCAGUCUAUCCUCCCCUUGGAUCUUUGCUCUCUGAUGGCCAUUUUCUAAAGACUGAAAUUUCCUCUGUCUAACUGGAGGCUAGUCUAUUUUAAACAGACUGCUUUGUUUAGUAUGCUGCUGGUAGGGCCCGCUGCAUAAAUGUUAAGAUUUCUAUUUGGAAUACAUACAGUGAGCCUUAUGGAUUUGUGAGGCAUUCUUUUGUCCACGGAAGAGGUUUUGUAGGGCAGAGGGGAGCAAGGAGAGAGGAAAUAUCUUCUAGAAGAAAUGCCCAGGUUUGAAAAAAGAAAUGUGUGGUCCAGGAAGACACUUGAAUGAAACAUGAAUAUCAAAAUGGAAGCUAAUAUGGUUCGGUGGAUGCAUUUUAAUUUCACCCAAGAUUGUUCAAAAGCUCACAAAAUAUUGACGCUUCCUCUGUAGAACUCUUGUUCGUGGCUUUCUCUGUAGAAAUCCUGGACCACCCAAGAUACUGAAACUGCUGAAUCUGCUUGGAAAUUGGAGCAAGGCUGAUCGGGGAACUGACUAGUUAUCAAGAUGGCUCUAGGGCCAAUUGUUAGGAGUAUUUUCUCCUCUUGGUCGCCAAUAUUGCCUCCUCUGCCUCCCGCUGCUAUUAUUUCUCUGCGAAGAAACAGUUUGUGGGCCAGUAGGUUGUUGGCGCUGUGCCGCUCUCUCUUAUUCUGGAACUGUUGUGCAAUCCAUAACCAUCAGACCUGUUUUGACUGCCUCGCUUGAUAAAUAUUCAGUGUUUACUGACCUAUAUUCCUGCUGCCUGUGCCUGGUGCGCGUUAGAUCACGUGCGAAGGGAAAGAAAGGGAGGGUUGCCAUCAUCGCGGGGGAACCGUGCGUGCCACUGGGUACACAUGGCCUUGCCUUCUCGGGAAGGAGAGGCUUCAGCAUUCCUAUCUAUGUGUCACGGUGAAUGUGGAAGGAAGGUUUGGGGUGGUGUCCUUUAUGCAACCUGUCUGGCUUGCUGGCCAAUCCCUCAGCGCUCAAAAGGGGGCUGGAAGAUUCCCUGCCUUGGAUCUCUCGGCUUCAAGGCGUUUCUGCUGCCUUCUGGGCCUGACCCAGCAGUCGAUGUUGAUUCUCCACCCGUACCACUGUGCCUCUGUUGUCCAGCCACGUCCAGCGCUCCUGUUGUUGUAGCGUUUUGGCAGCAGAGUCACUCCGGCGUUAACUGAGCUGAAGACUGAGGACAGUAAAACCCUCCCAAGGAAUCUGGAGACGGUCCCUUUUCGGCGGGCGAUUUAGAAGAUGGUCUCCUUCUAUCGGACAGUUCGUUUUCCAUUGAUGGGAGCCCAGAUCCCGCCUGACUGUAGCAACUGGAGGACAGCUCAAGGCCAUAUUGGAUACAGCUUCCCAGGCAAUACAGCUUGGUAACAGUUUGGGGUGCACCGCUAGGAAGAAGUAUCCUGCGGGACAGCAGGAGCAACCGCCACCACAGUUCCGAGGAAGGGAAAUUCUCCAGCGGGAGACAAAAGUGCAUCUGGACGUUUUGCCCCCACUUCCCUCCCUUCCCCCACCCCCCGUGAUGGAGAGCCUCAACUCCCCCACAUUAUGUGUGGCCGGGAACUUUCCCGAGUUCCAUCCCAACGGCAUCAUUCAGAGAGCCCGAUCUUUGAAGAGCAAGCCGAACGCUAACUGUCGGCGAAAGCGCGAGUUCAUCUCCGACGAGAAGAAGGAUGCCAGCUACUGGGAGAAGCGUCGGAAGAACAACGAGGCUGCCAAGCGUUCCCGGGAGAAACGGCGCUUCAACGACCUGGUUCUGGAGAAUAAGGUGCUGGCACUCAAUGAGGAGAACGUGCGGCUGAAAACGGAGCUGCUGCAGCUGAAGCUGCGUUUUGGCCUCAUCAGCACGACAGCCUUCAUGGAAAAGAGCCAGCAGCUGAGCACUGCCAGUGCCAACAACCCAGCCCACUUAUACGGUGUCAGCAGCGGCAGCAGUUUGUAUCCUGGUUCCUUGUCCCGAGCUUCCCACUCAGAGGAUUCAUCUGAAACAGAGCAAUCGAGCCGGGACAGUGUAAGUGUAUCGGUAGCCAAGUAUUCCCCCCGGGACUCUCUCUCUGACCUGUCUGAUAGCUCAUCUCGGGACAGCCCUCUCCCCCGGACGCUUGAGGAAGCCCAGGCCAUCCAUCGUGUCUAUGGGGAUGCCCCCUUGCAGCCUUACCCGGACCCCAAGGUCUCCGUUCCCCGCAGUGUCAUCCUCUUCAGUGCCAAUGGCUUCACUGCAGUGCCCCCUCCUCAGCCCUUGCUUCCUGAAGAAGUGGGGCAGGCAGAAGGCUGUGGGAACCAGAGUCCCCAAAGCCACUGUAGGGGGCGUGAUCCGCACUGCUUGCAGGAGGAGCUCCAGACGCACUCAGGAUAUUGCUCAAAGCCCCAGAACUGUAGUGCUUCCGAUGGUUAUUUGGAGGGCGAGCACAUAAAGAAAGUUGAAGAGCCUAGAUCCCCCUUUGAGGGUUACACCAGUGAGGAAGGUGAAGAGCCCUCCUGGGGAUGUCCCUCUGCUCCCUUCCCCGUGCCGCUGGACACCCACCCUGACGUGAAGACCGCGGCUCUCCCACACAAGCUUCGGCUCAAGUGCAGAGCGCACAGCAGUGGGGUUCAUGAACCAUUCCCCGGAUCUAGCCCUGCUCCAGCUAGCUGCUGCCAGGGAGCCUCCGCAGCCUCCGAUUGGGACGGUGACCGACACGAGGAGAUGUCGGCCCUGGUGCGGCAAGCCUUGUUUCUGAACGAGCCCCCCGCCUCCAGUGGCAACUUGGAAAGACUUUUGUGCCAGGGCUCAGGGCUGCCCUCAGAUCACUCGGUCCCAAAGGACCAUGUCAGCAGGUGGGAGGAUGCUUGUCAUGAGGAUGGCCCCAGACCAACUUGAAGAAGACACCUAGGUCUGGAUAAAGAUUUGGAAAGUAAGAAGAAGAAAUUGAACUGGGUGUUGGUACAAGAAAGGGGUUUUUACAUGGCCAAGUGAGCAUUGGAGAAGGGGGCCAUGGCUGACCUGCACCUGCUGAUUUCAGAAUCGGGGGGAGGGAGAGGGGAAUAGGGAUCCUGAGAUGGCAAAAGAGGGUACGUAGGUUGAACAUGGGGGGAUAGGGUGGGGUUGUCUCAGAAAAAGACUUUGGAAUUACUAAGGUAUACUGGGUGAUGGGACUCCUAUUUUCUAAGGCUCCAGAAUUCAGUGUGUAGAUGAGAUGUGAUUUACGGGGUGAAUGCCAGAGGUGGGUUCCUACCGGUUCACACCGGUUCGAUAGAACCGGUUCAUCAAAUCUACCGAACCGGUUAG